AUGGGUUCCGCAACUAACUUUGCCAAAACCAUCAUCAUCCCCGCCGUGAUCUCCCUGACGCUCUACCUCCUGUUCUCCUUCGUGAUCAUCCCCUUCUUCCGUCGCUAUCAUCAACGAUACUCCCAGUACCUUCCGCUCCAUACUAUCUCCGCACAUACUACAACACUCCGGGAUCGUAUCGCGGAUGCUUUGAUGCGACGAUUCCUUCCGUCGGUCUGGCGACAAUCACAAUUCGACCAGCACGACAACAUCAGUAUAUACGAUGAAGAAGGAGAGAUCAUGGUAGGGAUGGACAUGGACCCUUCACGGCGAGAAGCGCUCGAGCGUCGACGGAGCACCGCCGGGGAUGCGGAGAGUCGCUUGAGUCGUGAACUCGAAGCGGGGUUCAUGGAUGAUAGUGAUGAUGACGAGGGACAUGCCCAUUCUCAGUCACGUCGCUGA